CAACAUGGAAGUCAUCGCAUCAGAGGUCAUAAGCCAAGCAGACGACACAGAGCCGCAAUCGAUGGCGUUCUCCGCUUCGAACCAGAACCGUAUAACAAGAAGCUCGAACUGAACAGCUCUGGCAAGAUACAUUGUAAAGUAGCCGGAGGCGCCUCUCCGACAGUAAUGUGGUUUCUUAACGACGCAGACCCCCUUCCAGAAGGUGUGACAUCAGCAAACGGAACUCUAAUGGUCUCAGAGGCCAAGAGAAGUCACUCCGGUAACUACACUUGUCGAGCUUCAGACGGAGACCAGAAUAUCACUGCUAGGAUUACUUUGGACGUAGUGGUGUCACCAAGAGUUAUAGAGCCGAUAGCGGGACAACAGAUGCACGUGACAGUCAAACAGACGGUCUCUCUCAACUGUCUCGCAACCGGCGACCCGCCACCCACCACCCACUGGGACAGAAACCUUACCAUUUUGCAUCAACAACAAGAUGGAGUUGCAAUCGAGGGCGGCGUGAAUGCAUCUAACUCGAGACUGGUUCUCCUGAACAAUGGGACGUUACUCAUCCGUAACGCAAUGGAGGAGGACUCUGACAGAUAUGGUUGCACGGCUGGCAGCGCGGCCGGACUGGCGAGGAAUGAGCUCGAGUUGAUAGUGCACCCCGAAGGUGAGCUCCCCCCACCAGAGUCUACAGGCGUUGCGGGGAAGGCGGUUCUCGUGUCCAUAUCCGUCGCAGGCGCAUACAUGAUAUUGGUGUUAGCCCUCAUGCUGUAUUGUAGGCGAAGACGGUUACAGCGGCGUCAGAGAGGUGAAAAGAUGGAACUAGAAAUGGCAGAAGGAAGAGAGAAAUUAGUGGAAGAGGGAGAAGAAGACAAACAGAAGGUUACCGUAAACGGUGCGCCUACGCAGAACGGAAGGCUGUUGCCGCACGAUAGAGACAGUGGUGCCGACAAUUCAGAGGUUUCGGGAAUAUCGCGAGUAUCGAAGAAGUCUGGGCAGUACGACCAGCUCACUGUACCGAGGACAUUGCUCACGGAACAGAUUACUUUAGGUCGAGGCGAGUUUGGAGACGUGAUGCUGGGUAAAAUAGAUAUGAGUCAAGUUAAGAAGUUACGUAACAAGGACGAAGAGGGCGAACCUCAACUGAAACCAGUGCUCAUAAAAGUACUCACUACAAAGGAUGAGGUACAGUUAGCCGAAUUCCGGCGUCAGCUGGAACUGUUCAGCCGCAUCCGUCACGAGCACCUCGCGCGUCUCAUCGGGCUCUGCAACGAGGCCGACCCGCACUACAUGCUGCUGGAGCACACCGACUGGGGCGAUCUGAAGAGUUUCCUGAUCGCGACGCGCACGCCGGAGGAAAACGAGGAGUACGUGUCGCGCGUGGGCCCCGCGCACGGGCUGCCCCCGCGGCCGCGCGCCGCGCCGCCGCUCGCGCCCGCGCACCGCCUGGCGCUCGCCAGACACCUCGGCGCCGCCGCCGCGCGCCUCGCGCACAAGCGCCUCACGCACAGAGACAUAGCGGCGCGCAACUGCGUGAUAACGUCGAAGCUGCAGCUGAAGCUGUCGUUCCCGGCGCUCACUCGUGGGCCCAACUCGCACGAGUACUUCAAGUUACACGAUCAGGUGCUUCCGCUCCGCUGGCUGCCGUUCGAAGCGGUGAUGGAAGACGAGUACUCCACUAAGUCGGACGUGUACAUGUUCGCAGCUACUGUUUGGGAGAUAUACACUAAAGCUGAAAUGCCGUUUGCGAAGCUGAACGACAACUCCGUGCUGGAGAGGUUGAAGAGUGACACGCUCGAGUGGAAUAUACCGGAGGCGAUGCCCGAGCGACUCGCUGCCUUACUCAAACGUUCGUGGAACAAAUCACCAACCGAUCGUCCUCAGUUCACCGAUAUUUGUGAGGAGAUGAACACAAUAAUACAGGAGAUGACGUCAGAGAACGUCUCGCAGCAUUCGCAGGAUAAAAUCGAGCACGAUGUAUAA